UGGCAAUUAUUUUUUCAUUUCAAGUUCUCCCUUAAAAUAUUCUUUAAAUUCAUAUAACUCAACCAUCCCCUUUUAAGCCCCUUCCCUCCCAUGACUUUAGCGAAGUCCUCAAGUAUCUCUCUUUUCAGUUCUUCUGUCUACAAGCACAACCUGGUAGAUCCUUCACAAAUUUGAAGCAGAAGCAACAAAAACUCAAAAAAGAAGAGAUGGGUUUCGCAAAAGAAGAGAAAUCAAAAAAGGUUUUGAGAGGAGUAAAGACUGUAUUCUUCUUGAUCACCAUGUUAAUUUCUUUCCUUCUUUUCUCUGCUCCUAUUCUUCUUGUUAUAGCCGAUACUCUCCUUCCUUUUUCUCUCCUCUCUGCCUCUCUCUCUCCUUCUUCUUUAUCAUCAGAGACACUCUCUUCUCAUUUCAAUAACUAUGAUUUUCGUUACUCCCUCAUUGACAUACCCCUCAUAUCCAUUAUAAGAUCAGUUGUCAUCAUCUGUGUUUAUAGUUUGUGUGAUGGACCAAGGCUCUCAACAGGACCAUACCUGGGGAUUACAACGAUCUGUUCUGUGUCAUCACUAAUUUAUGUUUCCUUCAAGGCACCACGCGUGUUUAGAGUUUCAAGUACGGGCCGAGGAGAAUAUGUUAGAGCCAUGGAAAUUGCCUUGUUUAUUUGCUCUCUACUUCUAGCAAUUGGUCAUGUUGUUGUGGCGUAUAGAACAAGCUGCAGAGAAAGAAGAAAGCUUUGGGUCUACAAAAUUGACAUUGAAGCUGUUUCAGCUUGCAAGAAUGUGGUGUUUCCAAGGUAUCAAAAGAUUCUGCUGGAAGAAAGAGUGAAAUGAUUCAUUCUAACAUUUGAAGGACUAACAACAACUGGAGACUUUUAUUCUCGUUUUGGCUAAUCAAACUCUUCAGCGUCACGUUGCAGGUUUAUUCGACAAAAUCUGCAGCUUGGAGACUGCUGAAGAAACACCACUAACAUGGCGACUAGGGACCUGUAAAAAGUAAAACAACCAUUUUUAGAUAUGCCAUAGAUCACUGUGUAUGUUAUGGCUUGAACAUGUACACACACACACACACACACAUAUAUAUGUAUAUAUAUGACUAAAGGAUGGAAUCUACCAUGGCUUAUUGUUUUCAGUUAACAAUGUAUGGUUUGUGUAUUUACAAAAGAAUGGUGAAUGCAUUUAGCUAGAGACUAGCCAAACCACCUGUAAUCCAACAAAGUAUGAGCAUAUAUAUAUGAUCGAGGUCUGUUUGGCUUGUA